UUGAGCACUUAUUUAUGAAACAAAAAUAGUAAUCCAUUUUGACCAGUUAAAAUAUCUUUGGGUUAAAUAAAGUCGUGUUUAGUUUUUAGUUUUUGUAAAAUAGAAUUAAUAACAUAACACUUUAAUUAAUCCAUUGCUAAAUAUAUACAAUAAAAUGGCACAAAGUAAAUUAAAUGAUUUAGCUGGAAAAUUUUCGCGUGGGGGACCACCCGGCAUGACAACGGGUUUGAAAAUAUUGGCUGCCGUUGGUGCUGGAGUUUAUGGAAUCUCUCAAUCUUUAUACACCGUUGAGGGUGGUCAUCGAGCAAUUAUUUUCUCUCGACUUGGUGGAAUCCAAAAAGAAAUUUAUGCUGAAGGAUUACAUUUCCGCAUCCCCUGGUUUCAAUACCCAAUCAUCUAUGACAUUCGAUCACGCCCAAGAAAAAUUUCUUCACCAACCGGUUCCAAAGAUUUACAAAUGGUUAAUAUUUCCUUACGUGUAUUGUCUCGACCAGAUGCCUCUACAUUACCUGUGAUGUACCGACAAUUAGGCUUGGAUUACGAUGAAAAAGUAUUGCCUUCAAUUUGUAAUGAAGUACUAAAAUCCGUCGUUGCUAAAUUUAACGCAUCUCAAUUAAUUACUCAACGUGCCCAGGUUUCAUUGUUAGUCCGAAGAUCUUUGGUAGAAAGAGCCAAGGAUUUCAAUAUAAUUUUGGAUGAUGUGUCAAUUACAGAAUUAUCUUUUGGAAAAGAAUAUACGGCUGCUGUAGAAGCAAAACAAGUUGCCCAACAAGAAGCUCAACGUGCUGCCUUUGUUGUUGAGCGUGCAAGACAAGAAAGACAACAGAAAAUUGUACAAGCUGAGGGUGAAGCUGAAGCCGCUAAAAUGUUAGGUCUUGCAUGUUCUAGGAAUCCUGGUUAUUUAAAAUUACGUAAAAUACGUGCUGCCCAAAGCAUUGCUAGAACGAUUGCAACUUCGAAAAAUCGUGUAUACCUAAAUGGAAAUGCCUUAAUGUUAAAUAUUCAAGAUCCAGCAUUCGAUGAUCUUUCAGAGAAAUUGAAAAAUUCCCAUCAGAAAUCUAUUUUCCAUAGAUCUAGCAUUGAUGUUGGAUCGUCCGAUUUUGACGAGACUGUUAUCCAAACUGCAAUUGAUACAGCCAAACAUAUUACCAAUUAAUAAUAAAUUUUCCUCCUGUUAAUUAUCCAAUUUUUCUAUUUAU